AGGAUCGAGAAAUUACGAUGCACACACUAAUACCGAUUUUCUGAGCGGCAGUUUCAACGUCGACAAUGUAUACACACUCCGACAGCCACACGAUGGUAACGUAUGAUGUGCAUUACUUAAGUGGACAAUAGCCUGGGUGGAUCUCGUCAAGCGGUCUUCCAACAAGUAAUCGCAUCUCCAAGUCACGCAUCAUGGUGGCUACCGUGUGCCUCGUUCUAUUUUCCUCUGUAUUGGUCACUACCUGGGCUGGACCAACCAAAAGCGCUCCAUUCAGUCUCAACCGUCGGUCUGACGGGUUUCCCUAUCCCCUUGAUGAGGUGGACAAACUAGAAGAGGAUUCCCUAUCAAAAUUUGAGUCUUAUCUUGCAAAGAAGACGAACAACAAUGGUUGCACCCUUGAGACAGCUGCAAAACGUCAAGAAUGGCACGAUUUGACGAUCUCCCAACGUGAGGAGUACAUUCGGGCCGUACUCUGCUUGCAAUCCAAGCCGCCGAAAGCAGACAAGAAGAAGUACUCUGGCGUCAUGAAUCGGUACGACGAUUUCGUGCUUACCCACGAAACCCAAGCGAUGCAUCUACACUCAACACCCCAUCUUUUCCCAGCUCAUCGCGUCUACAUCUGGGCUUACGAAAAGGCACUUCGGGAAGAGUGCGGGUACACCGGGUACCAACCGUACUGGAACUGGGGUCGUACUGCUGCUGAUCCUAUCAGCUCACCGAUGUUCAAUGGCAACAUGUCCAGUAUGGGAGGAAAUGGAGCGAAAUCGGACUAUCCAGGAGUGAUGAUCCAUGGUGCAGGUUUCAAGCCACCCUAUGACAUUAUCCCUGCAGAUCUUGGAGGAGGCUGUGUCACGGAAGGGCCCUUCGCGAAUAUGACUGUCAGCUUAGGACCAAUCAGCAAAAUGAUGCCGGAUAUUCCUUCAAACCCUCAGAAGGACGGCUACGGCCACAAUCCACGCUGCCUUCGACGCGAUGUCAACCGCUAUGCAUCCGCAAUGCUGUAUGCAAACUAUACAUACAAUCUAAUCACGCAAGCCAACACUGUCGACCUCUUCCAAAAAAACAUGCUGGGCAUACCGGAGAAGAAUGACUGGGGAGUACAUAUGUCUGGACACUACACUAUUGGCGGAGACCCAGGUGGUGACUUCUACAGUUCUCCCGGUGACCCUUUGUUCUGGUUCCACCAUGGGAUGGUCGAUCGCGUCUGGUGGAUCUGGCAAAUGCAGGACCCCGAGAAUCGGAUGAAUGUGCUUCCAGACACGCCAGCAAAAGACGAUUAUGUGGAUCUCAAUUGGACUGCUAAUCGCACCAACACAUGGGACCUCCUAGACAGCAUUGGGGGCAUGGGUGGAGAGUUCUGCUAUAUCUACGUGUGAGGAUAUGACGUCGAAUGUUGAGGA